AUGUCGCUAGCCAAGAAGGAAGAGGUUUGCAGUCACCGACUUGUACCGCGGUUGGAUGAGCCUGGGGUUGGCGUGCCUAUCAAGAAGAGGCCAGUUCUCUUGUCCGACAGAUCGGUUGCAUCUGCCAUACCACUCUCGAUAAAGCCCCCAUCUCCAACGAAGACGAUGCCUGUUACUGCUACAGGGACCGGCCGCUGCGAGGAACCAUUCUUCAACAUUGGUAACUCAGACACAAAUGUCAUCACCAAAGAUAGUGCUACAAGGACUUCUGCACCAGUUGCUGAAUUUCAACUUCCAAAUUUUUUGGCUCUGGAUUUACAGUUACCAUCUCGUCAAAGUGGCAAAAAUAAUAACUAUGGCUCACUUGUGAAGGAAGAGAAACUGGACCAGAGUCUUUCUGAACACCACAAUAACGUUCCUAUUGCAAAUGAAAUCAAUGCUUCUGGGAAUAGUAUUGUUGGGAGACUACCUAACUUGGAUCUGAAUAUACUGCCAGACCCAGCUGAUUCACUUGAAGGUUUGCCUAAAAUUAAUGAAAGUGGGUGUGGGUUGUAUCAUCAUAGAACAAUUCAACAUCAGAAAGCUCAGGUGACCCCAGCGGCAGCUAUUUCUACAAUAAGCAGUGGAAUAGGUCGAAAUAUUGGCAGUACUCUGAACAUGUCUAACUCAUAUGGGCUUUCUCAUAAGUCUGGACCAGCUGAUGUUACCUUAGAUUUGCAACUUAAACCACCAACUAGACCUGAGCUAGGGAUAAACUGGAAAGGACUUGCUCCUGCUCCAGAACUGAGUCUCUCUCUAUUUGGUAAGCCUAUGGAUGAGCCCAAGUCUCUUAGCACCCCUAAUGCUUUAUUUGAUUCUGGGACUGCUGGAAGUUCCAAAAAGGUCAAUGAGGAGGCUCCUGCUACACUUGUGUCAGAUAAGGCACCAGUUGAGAAGAUUGUAACACCCGUUCCCUGCAAUGUAAAUCCUCAGAAUACUACAUCAGCAACUGUUUCUGGAAUUGAUCAGCUGCCAUCUAAUAAUUUGGUGAAGAAAGAACCUGAAGAAAUAUCCCAGCAGCAUAUUCUUGACGGUGCUGAAAAGGCAAAUCUAUCAGAACGACAAAGUGUUGGACUAGUUAUCAGUUGUGCCGAAUCUGAAAAGACUGACAGUGCACCCCAAGGUCCCCGUAAAGCUGGGUUUGAUUUGAAUUCUGACAUCUCUACAAAUAAUAUUAUCCAUAAUGGGCCUGAUGUAGCAGCAGUUAGUGUCCCAGUACCAGCUGAAAGUUUACCUGAUACUUCCCACGCCAAGACCAUGCCUGCUGUUCCUGAAGUUGACAAAUGUGUGAAGCAUGAAGAAUCCACAAGUGCUACCCCUAGUCUCCCUGUUGUAGUAACAGGAAGUGGUCAUACUACACUGUUGAUGGAAGCAAAAUCACUGCCUUCGCAAAGUAAUGUUGCCAGCCCUUCUGUUGGGUUAUGUGAAUCAUCCAGCCAGCCCACUGUUUCUACUGUUUGCAAACCACCAGCCAGCCAGCCCACUGUUUGCAAACCACCAACCAGCCAGCCCACUGCUCAUGAGGAUACGAGACAGAGGCCUUGUGAUGCUAAUGAAUCUAGUGGUGCAUUACAAAGUUCCUCCAGUCCUACAGUUGAACCUUUGCCUUUUAAUUCUCUGGAGAAUGCUAUUGUUGAUGGUAUGUCACAAGGGAGUGCUGAAAUGGACUGUUCAGAUGAUGAUGGUAAUACUGUUUCACGAAUUCCAACUACAAAUAAGCCUCAUGGUGAGCCAUUGGGGAAUGGCCCCCCAAUCAGCAAGGAUGGUAUCAAUACUGAUAACUUAAGCAAAGAGCUAAAGAAAGAACACGAUAGUGAUAUGCAUCAAGAUUGUUCAUCUAUGACAAAUAAGGUUAAUAUUGAUCCUAUUGAAGGUGGCAAGUGUAUUAAAACAAAAGUUGGUGUUGUCAGCCAUGCAGGUCAGCAGGGGCUCCGAAAUGAGGUUAUUGUUAGUGAAAACUCUAAAGGCAAGCAAUCUUUGAAUUCUGAUAAGAAUAUCCCAGUAAAUAAUACUGACAAUAGCAUACAUGAUGCUAAGACUGCCACAGGUUCCAGUACCACACAUCUCCAAAAGUCAUCAGCUUUGCCAAAAUCUGAUUCCCCUAAACUGCAACCUACCAAGCAUUCUCCUAAGACUUUAGAUAGCUGCCUAGAGAAGACUAGAAGCCCAGAUAUAAAGUCUCCAAAUGGUAUGCAAGCUGGAAGUUGUAGUGAGAACCAUGCAAAAAUUGCUGCUUUGAAGACAGAGCAUCAGACUAAAAGUGAAGAGGUCGGUAAACACUCUGAUUUGCGCCCAAGAGACUCUGUCCUGGGUGAAGACUCAGAACUUGAUGGCGCUUCAAGCAGUCAACAGCAUAGUGAAUAUGGCAAGAAGUCAGCGUCUGAAAAGUCAGAACAUGACAAAUCCAAACCUGACUCUUGUAACACAUCUCUACAGAAUGAAAAAGAUGGACAACUUGUUGGGGCAAAUUGGACACUGGGGCAUGUUUAUGUGAAUAGGAACGAAAGAUGGGAGAGAUUCAUGGAGUCCGAGCGAGAAAAGAACAAUGGAGAAUGCCAUGGUGGCAGACAUGCAUCUGACGUUAUGAACAAACGAAUGACAAACCACCGUGGUGGUUGGCGGGGUGCUGGAUCCCGUGGCCAUCUGAGGAACUUCCGAGGUCCAAGAAUGACCAAUGAGUUUGUUGAUGAAUCUAUUGGUGGCAGGAGGCGUUCAUUUGAAGAUGAACCUGGGCACAUCCAUGGUCCACAUAGGAGGCGUCAUUCACCACCACGUGGCUGCAUCAUGAGAGAGAUGGACAUUGACGAUUUCUAUGGAAGAGAGAUUCCAGACUCUAGGCUGCUGGCCCAUGGGCAAAUAGAAGAUCUCCCAGAUGACAUGAUGGAUGAUAGGUUUUUUAUGCCACAUUCCCGUAGACACCGUGGUCAAGGUGAUCAUGGAUUCAUCCACAGAGACAGGAGCCAUUCGCCUGCACACAGAAGGGGUGGCCAUGUGCAUUUCCAUCGGGGACGAUCACCUGAAGCGAUGCACAGAUCACCGCCACUAAUGCGAACUGACAGACCAUACUUGCCUCACCGCCGUCACAACGGAAGCCAUGAUGAGAGAGAAGUCAUGCAGAGAAAUGUGAGGAGGUGCGCCUUGGAAGGUGAUGCCUUUGAGCCACCGCUACAUGCUGCUCACCUAGCUGGACUCCAUACAGAAGAGGAACUUGUGGGUAGAAGGAAGCAUAGGGAGCGGAGAGCAUAUCUUCAUUCUCCGGUCAGUGAUGAAGACGAGAUGCUCUCCUACCAGACAGAGGAUGACAUGGAAUUUGCUGAAGGAGGUGUUGGUCCACGGGAGCACGAUGGCCGCUUCAGGAACAGGAUGGGGCACAGCAGGGCAAGAGGAGAACAAGAGGAUGGGUACAGGCACCGUGGUGGUCAUCAAGGGUGGCGAGACAGUGACUCGAAUGACAGACCAAAAAGGAGAAGGUACUGA